UUUGUCACAGUGCUUUCCACAUUGUUAUAGACAAUAGAAAUGGAUUGCAGAAAAGUGCUGUUAUUUUGUCUCGCUGUCUUCCUGGCUAUACUCGUCACAGCAGAGGGGCGGACCAAAAAGGUUGUCAUCCACGUUCCAUACAAGGUGAAGAAGAUCAAGCACACGCACACAGUGUACAAGACCAUCCAUCAUCAUCACACCCACCACGACCACGAGUUGGGUCUACCGUCGGAGGAGCACGAGCAUUUCCACCACAUGCAUCUGGAUCCCCCAGCUGGGGCGCACAGCCAGCCAAUUCCAGGGAUUGGAAUUCCAGAAUUCCUGCCGGAUGUCCCCCUGGAAUUGCCCCUGGAGAUUCCAGAUGUGCCGCACGAUAUUCCAGGAUUCCCGAGCAAGCACAUCAGGCCGCUUUAUAGACGAGACUAA